AUGGCUAGGAGUGGUGUCAUCGGCAAGAAAGUGGCAGAUUCUGCUCUUUUUGCCCGCUCCUCUUUUCUGUCACAGUCGUUGAGCAGAACUGGUCACGCUUCUGAUCCAGGUCCUAAAUCGCUGCAUCCCACGUCUCCUCCUGCCGUACCACUGCAGUCAGUAGCCACGGAUGGCACAAGAAGUGAUGAAGGCGAGACAAGAGAGGUAUUGCAAUCACCAUCUGCCGCACUGCGAACGCUAAUUUCCCAUCAUACACCCACUACAGGAGAAAUGCUAAAGCGGCCUGUGUUAGCUUUCGUUGUUGAACAUCAUGAUCUCAAAAGGGUAAAUUAG